CAGCCCUGUUCCAUAACUGCAGCUAGCAGAGAUUGAGCAGCAGCUUACCUGGAAAGGCACUUGGCUCUGCGUGGUAGAUGUGAAGUCUUAAACCUUAUUAAGUACUGUGCAGGAUUCCAAAAAAGCCUACAGCAGUGUCAUACUUCUCAUACAUGGGAAGAGAUGGCUGACAUAAAUGGUGUCCUCCAUGCAUCUUGGUGGCUCUUCAGCUGCUUUGCUUUUUGGCGUGGUUCUUUUUCUGUCUCCCUGAUUCACCUCAAUGUCUCAAGGAUUGCAGGAAUUGACUUUAAGAUCAGAACCAUAGAAUUAGAUGGGAAGAAAAUCAAACUGCAGAUAUGGGAUACAGCAGGCCAGGAGAGGUUCCGCACCAUCACAACAGCUUACUACAGAGGAGCCAUGGGAAUUAUGCUGGUGUAUGACAUAACAAAUGAAAAGUCUUUUGACAACAUAAAAAACUGGAUAAGAAACAUUGAAGAGCAUGCCUCUUCAGAUGUAGAGCGAAUGAUCCUGGGUAACAAAUGUGACAUGAAUGAAAAGAGACAAGUCUCCAAAGAAAAGGGGGAGAAGUUAGCAAUUGAUUAUGGAAUCAAAUUUUUGGAGACAAGUGCAAAAUCCAGCAUAAAUGUGGAAGAGGCUUUUUUCACACUUGCACGGGACAUUAUGACAAAGCUCAACAGAAAAAUGAAUGACAGCAGUUCAUCGGGGGCAGGUGGGCCGGUAAAAAUAACAGAAAAUCGAUCUAAGAAGAGCAGCUUCUUUCGAUGCACGCUACUUUGAUGAACUUUUAACAAUAGACUGCAGCACACUUAGAACCUUUUCUGCUUCUUUGAAAGCACAGGGUCACAAAGCCUCAGAAAUAAUACCACCAAGCUGCUGCUGAGAGCUCCAUUGAACGUAGACUGCGAUACACAAAAUAUCAAGUGGAUUUUGCUCACUAAGCCUAUUGUUCUGUCAGGCUCCUCUUUCUCAAAUAUGGAAGCUAUGAAGUGGAGACACAAAUGCAAGAGUUAACUUGUUUUCCUUUUUUACUUUCUGUUUUAUUGCCUGUUGCAAAGCUGCUAUGUUUCUUUUAACUUUGCACAUCCAUAUUAGCCUCUUACUGCCUGUUACAGCACAAUCUUACAUUCGUAUUUGCACAGUUUCACUUGUAAGUAAGAUUCUUAACAGAUUUGUGCAGAUUUUUCCUUUCUUUUUUUAAAACAAAUUUAUUUUAAAGCAGAACAGCCGGAGGACAGAUGAAGUCACUUCCAUUAUUUUCUUUGCUGUGUACUUAUGGCCGUGACUGCACUGUGGGUGUUGACACCAUAGUGAUGAGAAUUACUCUAACAAUUGACAUUUAACAAUUUGUGUGAGUUCUGUCUCAUAGAUGCACAAAUCUGUUCAUGCAGAAGCAAUGGCUUUUAUUCUGAAUGUAGUAUGUUGCUUUUCUUUCUUUACCAGAUAUAGAAAAGUUGUGUUCUGAAUUGCCAGUCACUGUCUGAUUUCACAGAUGCACCUUUUGGUAAUUUUAAUAAACGCUGUGUCUUUCCUCACUUAACUCCCAUUUGUUAGCUCCAACUGUCUGCACCUUUUCUUUGUUUCUAUGAGGAAAUACACUGUGGAGUUGAGAUCAUCA